CUCCCAUUCUCCGGAUCAGAGAUUCCUUUAGUAUCUUCCAUUGUAGAGCGUCAUUGCAAUCGAAUUAGCUAAGCUUUCUCUUAUAAUCGAAUCUGACUAAAAGGAGAAUGCAGGUGAGAUAACAGAUUCGUAAUCAAUACUGUUGCACAAUCACGGGAAAUCUAGGGUUCUAGAAAACUAGGGUUUCGUGGCGGAAAUUAGAACACGAAUUUGAGAGAGAGAGAGAGAGAGAGAGAGAUGGAGGAGGAGAGGAUUCUAGAGAGAGAGAGGCUUCAGAUGGAGCAGAUUCGUGAGCUCGAUUUCGAGGAGUUGCAGGUUGAGGAAGUCGAUGAAUUUCGAGAUUCCGAGGACGACGACGACGAUGAUGAUGGUCUCGGAAUCUCCCACCACACUCGUCGUCUCCUCUCUAAUAAUGUUGGUGCUGAUGAUGAACAUGUUUUCAACCCAGACGUGGCUUCUUUACAUACCUAUCUUGGCGAGGUUGAGGACACUCCAAACAGAACUGCUUUUGUGGAAGGAGGCACAGUUUUGAAGAUUCCUCUUUUCUAUCUUGAAGGUCUUCUUCUCUUUGUCUGUCCUCUCCUAGUGUGUUUUUGUAAGACAUUGACGACACUGCUUCUUUUGCUAGGAGUGGUUCUGUUUCCGGAGUCCACGCUUCCCCUUAGAAUUGUCCAGUCCACUUUCUUGGCUGCUAUUGAGAGAGCUUUUAACCAACCUAACGCUCCAUGUACCAUUGGUGUGAUUCGUGUUUACAGAGAAGGUAAUCAGUUCAAGUAUGCCACUCUUGGCACAACCGCUGAGAUACGACAAUACCGUCGACUUAGUGAUGGCUCAUUCAAUGUUAUUACUCGUGGACAGCAGCGGUUUCUUUUAAACCGUCGCUGGACUGAUGUUGAAGGAUUCCCUUGCGGAGAGGUUCAUAUUGUUGAGGAAGAUGUACCCUUGAGGACUCCCAGGGAUGCUUUUGGGAAGCUGGUACCAAUAAGCAACUUGAGAGCUCCCAGUCACUCGAGUACAAUGGCUUUGUCUGCAUCUUUUAGAGAUACGGACGAAAUGUCAGUAGGAAACUCUGAAGGAAGUUUUGAAAGCGCUCUUUCUCCGUCAGAAAAAAGACUUCACUAUUCAGCAGUUGACUCAAUAAUGGAUGACCGGACAAGUAGUGAUGAUGAUGACGAAGUAGUCAGUACAUCUAAUAUCCAAUCUAGUGGGUCUAAUCCAUUCAUCUCUAGGGAAGAUGGGCAGUCUGAUGAUGGCAAAGCUCCUGUUUCUACAGGGAAAUGUCAAAAGCUAAACAGGCUGACGAGUUUCCGGAAAAAUACUGAUCUCAACCGAUUCCGUAUGGUCCCAAGAGCAUUUUGGCCGUUCUGGGUGUACCGGAUGUACGACGCAUAUCAUCUUGCUCAACGAGCAGCUGAUCUGUGGAAGCAGAUAGUUGGGGUUCCAAACAUGGAGGCAAUAGUGAAUAAGCCAGACAUUUUAUCCUUUUCCAUUGCUAGUAAAAUUCCUGUCUCUGAGUCAAUUAGACAAGAGCUCUUGGAGAUUGACGGAGUCUCUUACAGACUGCAGAGAGAAAUAGAGUUGCUCGAGAGUUUUGAUCGUGUUCGAUGUAAACACUGUCAGAGUGUCGUAGCAAGAAGAAGUGACAUGUUGGUUAUGUCUAGUGAUGGUCCUCUAGGUGCCUACGUAAACCCACAUGGCUAUGUGCAUGAGAUAAUGACAUUUUACAAAGCGAAUGACAUAGCGAUAAGUGGUAGAUCUGUUAAAGAAGACAGCUGGUUUCCUGGGUAUGCAUGGACGAUUGCAAAUUGUGCAACGUGUGAAACCCAGCUGGGUUGGCUUUUCACAGCAACAAGCAAGAAGUUGAAGCCAGCAUCUUUCUGGGCAGUUCGUAGCUCACAGGUCGCAGAUGACAUGCGCUGAAAAAGAAGUAUUACAACAGGUCUCACUCACAUAUCAAUGCGUAUGAGAUAUCACAAAAUAGUUUGUGAAAGCAGAAGCGGACUAGUAUAGUGAUUCUAAAGUAGUAACAACAUCUUGAGAGGUAGGUAGAUGUCUUUUUCAUCAAACAUUAUAUAUAUGUACACAUGAAAACAAGAUGUGUGUAUGAAGGGAACCUACUUAGGCUAUGAGUAUAAUGGUAUUCUUAGGAUUAACCAUUCUCUAGCGUUCGAGUUUUGUUAAAAACAAAGGUUAUGGAAUGAUUUGUUAACAUGUAUCACGGCGUUCUGGGCGAACAAACUACAAAGGAUGAAUGAAAAUAUGUUAAUAGAUGA